AUGAGGAGCCUCUCGUUGCUAAUCCUUGUCUUGGCUACGGUACUCGCCGUGCAGGGAAUGGGGCGGAAGAAGCGGGAUACGGAUGAUGAGGGCCCACACUCGCUGUCGAAGCGCCAGGUGGAUUAUCACAAGCUCUCCAAGCGAAGCGAUGAGUGCCCGACUUGCGGUUGGUUUGGUAACUGGGGCCAGGGGCUGAAGAAGCGCGAUACCGAGGACCAGCGCCCGCACUCGUUGUCGAAGCGCCAAUCUGAAGGUAAUGAGCCCUCUUCCGCUCGCUCAAAACGCCAACUCCACGAGGACAAGGGACCGCACAGGCUCUCCAAGCGUCAGACCGACGUGGAGGUCGAUACUGAGAUCUCCAAGCGUUCGAAGCGCCAGGACACUGACGUCAAUACUGAGGACUGCACAAAUUCAAGGCGUCAGCCAGAUGACGAAAUUGACAGCUCCGCGCGUUCGAAGCGCCAGUUUGAUACCACCGGAACUGGUAGCGCCGGCCCGUCCCAACCGAUUUCCAAGCUCUCGAAAUCUGAUGGCGGGAAAAAGGGUGGCAAAAAAUCCGAAGUAAAAAAAUCGCAAGCCUGCGGGUUGCACUGCCGUCCACAU